CGUGCUCCCAAAACCUACCACUCCCUCCAAACCCCCUAUUCACAUCGCGGAAUAAAGCGCCGGAAUAAAAAGCUCGGAAUAGUAGAGCUCAAAGGGGGGGAGCUCCCGCUCAUUCCCCACCAAAGAGACGCAUCCAUGGCGCAGUGGAGAGCGGUAACCCUAGCGAUGGUGGUGGUGGUUCUAUGCUCCUCCGCCGCCGCCGCCGCCUACGCCGCCGCCGGUGAAUCCAACGGUGAAUCCAACGGUGUAUACCUCGGCUCCUUGCUCGACCAACCUAUUCUGCUCCCAUCCUCCGAUCUCGUAGCCAAUGCGUCGCGCCUUCUCCAGCAAUCCAUCGCUCGGUGCGUGGAAUCGAUCUAUCGAUCGUUAGAUGAGGUCUCCCUCGAUCGAGUCGGUGUGAUUUGGCGAGAGGUGCGAUCGAGAGCGAUCGCACCCGUGCUGAGCGUGGCGGUCGCGCUGUGCAUGGUGAUGUCGUUCAUGCUGGUGUUCGAGGCCGCGUACAUGAGCGCGGUGAGCCUCGGGGUGAAGCUGCUGCGGCGGAAGCCAGAGAAGAUGUACAAAUGGGAGCCCAUCGAGGGAGAUGAAGAGAAGGGGAGCCUCGCGUUUCCCAUGGUCCUCGUCCAGAUUCCCAUGUACAACGAGAAAGAGGUAUACAAGCUCUCAAUCAGAGCUGCAUGUGCUCUCACAUGGCCGCCGGAUCGGAUUAUAAUUCAAGUUCUAGAUGACUCAACCGACCCGCUCAUCAAGGACAUGGUGGAGCUUGAAUGCAAGGCUUGGGCGAGCAAACAGAUAAAUAUAAAGUACGAAGUUAGAAGCAACAGGAAGGGGUACAAAGCAGGGGCAUUGAAGAAAGGCAUGGAGCAUUACUAUGCUCAACAGUGUGACUUUGUUGCCAUCUUUGAUGCUGAUUUUCAACCACAAUCCGACUUCCUUAUGAGAACUAUACCGUUCCUACUGCAUAAUCCGAAGAUUGCUCUAGUGCAAGCACGUUGGGAGUUUGGUAUGCAAGUCCUCACCAACAUUACAACAAUUAGUGUUUUACAGAUGUUGCUGACCUGGCCUUUCCCGGGCGAUUUUGCAGUGAAUUACGAUGUUUGCUUGAUGACGAGGAUACAAAAGAUUUCACUAGAUUACCACUUCAAAGUAGAACAAGAAUCAGGCUCAUCUACAUAUGCCUUCUUUGGUUUCAACGGGACUGCUGGCGUGUGGCGCAUGUCAGCUAUUAAUGAAGCUGGAGGUUGGAAAGAUCGAACAACUGUGGAGGAUAUGGACUUGGCAGUGCGAGCAACUCUAAAGGGUUGGAAACUCUUAUAUGAUGGUGAUAUUACAGUUAAGAGUGAACUUCCAAGUACUUUCAAGGCCUAUCGACAUCAGCAGCAUCGGUGGACAUGCGGUGCUGCUAACCUAUUCAGAAAAAUGGCCUGGAACAUUGCGAUAAAUAAGGAGGUAUCUCUAUGGAAGAAACUUCAUGUGCUAUACAGUUUCUUCUUUGUACGAAGAGUUAUAGCCCCGCUAGUCACCUUCACCUUUUAUUGCAUCGUUAUACCAAUAUCAUCCCUCGUUCCAGAAGUAAGCAUUCCAAUCUGGGGGUUGUUCUAUAUUCCUACAGCAAUUACCAUUCUCAAUGCCAUAAGAAACCCUAGAUCUCUCCACAUAAUGCCAUUCUGGAUUUUGUUUGAGAAUGUCAUGUCCAUGCUGCGAAUGAAAGCCGCGAUAGUUGGUGUACUCGAAACAGCAAGUGUUAAUGAGUGGGUGGUGACAGAGAAAGUAGGUGAUAAUAACGAUGAGAAAGCUGAUAUCACUGAGAUUGAACCAGACCCAAUUGAGUGUAAGGAGAGGGUUUACUUUCCGGAGCUUGGGCUUGCAGUCUUUCUCCUGUUGUGCGCGACAUAUAACCUCGCCUAUUGUAUUGACUAUCACUAUGUAUACAUUUACCUCCAAGCCACAGCUUUCAUUAUUGUUGGAUUUGGUUUAGUUGGUACCUUAGUCUCCAAUUCAUAGCAAUGAGCCCAGCAAAUUUCAUUGGUUUCGGUUCUCUUUCGACAAUUCUUUUCCCAGAAAGUAGGGAAAGGAAAUGUGUUAACGUGUAACAUCAUCAGUGACAACAGCAUCUUUUUGAAUGCUGUGUUGGCUUGAUUCUUUUAGAUAAUGCAAUGUCUGCUGAUGUAUUUUAUUUGGAUGCCCAAAAACAGUUUGUUUAUAGACAAGAACUGCAAACGUGUUUAUAUUGAUGGCUUGAUGGUUUCCUUCA